AUGUUGGCAGCUCGUCGGUUUGUCAAGAGCCAGAGUGAGGUCCUUCUGACGGGCGGAGCAGCCAGCUGGCACAGCGGGACGGAGUUAAAAGCUCCUGGUUUCUAUAAAGGCGUGGCAGGCUCCCAGGUGACCCUGUCCAGCCUGGUGAACCAGACGCGGGCCAUGCUGGAGGAGCAGGCGCGCCACCUGCUGACGGAGGUGGAGCGUCAGACCAUGGGCUACUACGUGGAGGAGUACCGGGAAGGACACAUCGGGGUGGAGCAGCUGGUGGUGGCGCUGUUCGAGCUGCUCAACACGCACGCAAAGUUCUCUCUGCUGUCAGAGGUUCGAGGCCUGGUCACCCCUCAGGACCUGGAGCACUUUGACGCGCUGGUGCUGAGACGAGAAAUUCAGGCUCUUAAAGCGCGACAGGGGCCAGCCGGAGCCACGGCACUGCAGCAAGACUCCCUGUCCAUGGUGUCGUACCCAGACACUCUGACCUCAUCUUCAGCCAGCUUCAUGACCAACACCACCCUCAGCUCUGCACGGGGUGUCAUUUUCAUUUCAUGA